AUGCGCAGUGCUCCCGGGGAAAGUCCGGCGGCGGCAGCCAGGGAUCCCCGGGUGGCAGACGUCGCCCGAUUGUUCGGGGAGCCAGUGGAUGAAGAGGUUCCCGAGCCCAGGCCCAGGUCCAGGCACGCGAUCGCCGGAAGCCUGGCUGCGUUGCCGUAUCUCCGCCUCCGUCAACCACUUAGCGUUUUAGGCCUUAAUUACCAGCAGUUUCUUCGCCAAUAUCUGGAAAAUUACCCGAUUGCUCCGGGCAGAAUACAGGAGCUUGAAGAACGCCGCAGGCGGUUUGUGGAAGCCUGCAGAGCAAGGGAAGCGGCGUUUGAUGCCCAGUAUCUUCGUAAUCCUCGGAGGAUGGAUUUUGAUAUUUUAACAUUUACUGUUGCUCUGACUGCAUCUGAAGUUAUCAAUCCUCUGAUAGAAGAACUUGGUUGUGAUAAGUUUAUCAAUAGAGAAUAAUUAAGCGAUGACUACUUCAAGAGCAUCUCUGCACUCAAGACAGUUUUACCAAUCCUGUAACUUGAUGUUAAGAAGCCAGAGUAUAUUGAGAAUAAGGCAAUGGACAGUUGGGGGUCGGGGGGGAAGAAGCUUAUCACAAAAAAGCAUCACAAAAGAAAUAGAAAGCAUUAUAAGACGCCUGCGACGUUCUUUGAGUUUGUGAUUGAUCUACAUUCUUUUCCCUGCGUUAUGGGAAAUGUCUGUCAAUAUUGCUUCAUUCGAAAGUAAUAGAAUGGUUUUAUAAAACUGAGACUCGA